CAUCAUGGUUACUUGUUUCACCUUUCUUCUUACAUCAUGGUUCAAUGGUCGUAACGAUCUGAGCGUGAUGAGGAGAGUAAUGGUAUAAAAGCAGUGAUUAUUAUAUUAAUAAACAUGCCUCGACUACCUUUACAUCCUUCAUCUGGUACAAAUAUUAUUACUCCGUUUGCCAAGGCAAUACGUCUUGUUCGUUAUGGUUGUACUAAUAGACCAUUUUAUCAUAUUGUUGUAAUGGAUGUAAAAUUAACACAAAGGAAGCCACCAAUAGAGCAAGUCGGUGUUUACGAUCCUCUUCCAAAUGUGUAUAAUGAAAAAUUGGUGUCUUUUAAUUAUGAAAGGAUACAAUAUUGGCUUGCUAGAAGAGCACAAGUGUCUAAACCUGUUGCAGAUUUAUUAGGACUUGCUGGAUAUUUACCUGUACAUCCAAGAACAUAUAUGAGAGCAUGGAGAAAUCGUAAAGCUGUCAAGGAAGGUAUCACUAAAGAUAAUGUGCAUCAAGAAGAAGCAAUUGUAUCUACUAAUUAAGAUGUAGUCGUUAUGUAACAAACACUUAUUUUGUACAAAUUUCAAUUUAUCAAUAAAAUUAUUAUUAAGUAGACAUUUAGGAGA